CUCGGGGAAACGUGUUUGGGGGCUGGUAGACAGUGAGUCGAUAGGGUAGCCCAAGUGUGACAGCAUUGUGAAAAUUCCAUCAGGAUGUGUCUUUAUGCAUGCUCAAUAAUCCAGGUUCUUGGCUCGUUCCCUGGUCAAGAUGUCAGGUCACAACCCCCUGAUGAGGUUGGAGCAGAGAGCUGCUGAGGCUGAUCAGAUCAUUGAGUAUCUCAAACAUCAGGUCCAGCUGCUCAAGGAGAAAGCCAUUGUCCAAGCCAAUGUCCGGGAGGAGAAGAAACUGAUGGUGGAGAAUGCCAAAUUGAAGAGGGACAUUGAGGAACUGAAAAAACAGUUGCUAGAGAAAGAGAAGAAAAGAGGAGUGCGAGAGGUGCCCAUGCCAUCAGCCGAGGCAAAUGCCGAGACCUGCUCAAAGCCAACCCCUCCUGAGGCCCCAGCCCCAGCCCCCUCUACUGCCGCCGCUCCCAAGAGCCCCCCCUCUAACGAUGAGGCCAUGAAGAAGAAACCAGCGAAAAAAGGAGGGGAGAAACAGGAGAAGAAGAAGCAGGCAGCCCCCCAGGAAGAUGCCAAGGUGGAUGUGUCUCGUCUGGACAUGAGGGUUGGACGUAUAGUCACGGCACAGAAGCACCCAGAUGCGGAUUCGCUGUAUGUAGAGCAGGUCGACGUAGGAGAGGCCUCUCCUAGGACAGUUGUGAGCGGGCUUGUCAAGCACAUACCACUGGAACAGAUGCAGAAUCGUAUGGCGGUGCUGCUGUGUAAUCUAAAGCCAGCCAAGAUGAGAGGUGUGGUGUCUCAAGCCAUGGUUAUGUGUGCCAGCUCCCCAGACAAGGUAGAGAUCCUAGAUCCCCCCAGCGGAGCUGUGCCUGGGGACAGAGUUACCUUCCAGGGCUUCCCAGGUGAACCAGACAAAGAGCUGAACCCGAAAAAGAAGGUGUGGGAACAAGUGCAACCUGAUCUCCGUACAGACGGCCAGUGUGUGGCGAGCUACAAAGGGGCUGCCUUCGAAAUCACCGGCAAGGGAGUGUGCAAAGCCCAAACCAUGAGCAACAGUGGAAUCAAAUAAAAAAAAAAGUUUUUUUAAAUUUAAAAAAAUAAUAAAUUAUUACAAAUAAAAAGGAUUUUGGCUACUUGAAACUGCCUGUGCUUUGCCAAUCCCCCCCCCCCCCCAAAUGAAGAUGUGAUGAAACUGAUGAAGGAGAUGGUGAUGAAUAAAAUAUGUCAAAAUAAAGGAGUUUG